UCAUGUCAAUAACGUCACAUCCCUCACAGAUAACAUGGUUUUUUUUUAAGAUACUCAGCCAACAGGUAUACCAUAGUCAGCUGAAUGAAAUGAAAUGGACACAGCCCCCUGUCUACAGAAGUGGGUUAAUGAGGAUGAAUCAGGUGUGGCAAUACCAUUCAACAUUCUGCCCUUCAUCCCCACACCUUUGGCAUGUAACAUCAACAGACUUGAGGAGAUAUUCAGUGCAGGGAUAUCACUGAAUAAUUGGUAUUGCAGUGCAGCCUCAGAUACCAAGUGUUAGAGAACCCAAGAAGCUUCCACGAGCAGAGAAAGUAAAUUGAGUUUUUCCAAUAUUUGUAUUAUUGUGGGCUUGAUAUGUCACUUGCCAAUACAGUUAUGGCAGAACAUACAGUAACAUUAGUAGCAUGGAAAAAGCUUCAAAAACAUGAAAAGAAACAUUUCUAUUAUAUUAUGUAGUAUUUAGAUGUCAGGAGUGGUUUAAUUAUCUAUUUUGUAGAUUGAGAUUUGAAAUUAAUGUCCUUAACCUGAUAUCAAAAUGCAACGGUUUGAUUAGAUUUUAUUCAACACGUUCAUUAGCAAUGUGCGUUUCCUUUCACUAAAGUCUUUAUACAACAAAAAUCUGCAUAUAGGAAUUUUUUCAAAAACUGAUGGUUAACCAAAAACAACAAUCAGGCUCAGUUCUACCAAACUAGUCUGCAAAAUAAUCCACCAUAACUUUUCAUCGUCCGUUGACACAGAGCUAUUCACACUCCAAGAAGAGAUUUUGCCCAUUCAAAUGUUACCAAUGGACUAUUUUUUCGGUUUAGCUCAGACUACACCAGGCAGCUGCUCCAUGCUCCUCAGGUAGAACGCGGAUUGUACUAGUCUUAGAUCGGGGGGGGGAGGGAGAGGUUCUUCUUAUCGAAAGGGAAAUGCAACGAUCGGGUUCGCCCGACUCGAGGGGGGAGUAUAGAGGACGUCACACAAAGAGAACGAGAGCCGUGUCCAAUCAGCACGAGCGCUAGCCCAGCCAGACGAAAGGUUCUAGAGUCCUAUCAGGAAACGCGGAGCCGCUUUUGUCACAGACAGAUAUUUGUCUACUCGCCCAAUCAGCGGGUGCUCAACCUGAUAGCGCUGACGUCGAAAGGGGCGGGAGUGGAGAGAAGGCGCGCGCGCGCGCGCUGCGCGGCUUUCCGUUACCGCUGGCGCGCGCGCGCGUACCAAGAGUGAAGGAUCGCGCGCGGGGGAAGCGAAGUCGCGAGACCGAGAGCAGCGCGAAGCAGUUUCCCGCUUUGCCCUUCGGCCCGAACCGCGAACGUGAGGCGGAGGUGCCAUCGUAGACCUCACAGGCCGCGGAGAGAGGCUCCGCCCGGACCCGUAAGGGGGGCGAGCCAGCGUCGGCCCGAAGCGCUGUAGGCCGCUGUCGGCGGAGCCCACACAGACUCCGCCGGCUCGGCCGGGGCCCGCGCGCUCAGGAUGUCGGCGCAGGCCCAGAUGCGCGCCAUGCUGGACCAGCUCAUGGGCACGUCCCGGGACGGGGAUACUACCCGUCAGCGAAUCAAAUUCAGUGAUGACCGAGUGUGCAAGAGUCACCUCCUAAACUGCUGCCCUCAUGAUGUCCUGUCUGGAACUAGGAUGGACCUUGGAGAAUGUCUGAAGGUGCAUGACCUGGCAUUAAGAGCAGAUUAUGAAAUUGCAUCCAAAGAACAAGACUUUUUCUUUGAGCUUGAUGCAAUGGAUCACCUGCAGUCAUUCAUUGCCGACUGUGACAGAAGAACUGAAGUGGCUAAGAAAAGACUAGCAGAAACCCAAGAAGAGAUCAGUGCUGAAGUUGCAGCUAAAGCUGAACGAGUUCAUGAAUUGAAUGAAGAAAUUGGGAAGCUGUUGGCCAAAGUAGAACAGCUGGGAGCUGAUGGAAAUGUGGAGGAGUCCCAGAAAGUAAUGGAUGAAGUGGAGAAAGCAAGGGCAAAGAAGAGAGAAGCAGAGGAAGUGUACAGGAAUUCAAUGCCUGCCUCCAGCUUUCAGCAGCAGAAGCUCCGUGUCUGUGAAGUGUGUUCUGCCUACCUUGGUCUUCAUGAUAACGACAGGCGACUUGCUGACCACUUUGGAGGAAAACUGCACUUAGGGUUUAUCGAAAUAAGAGAGAAACUUGAGGAGCUCAGGAGGGUUGUGGCUGACAAACAGGAAAAACGGAAUCAAGAGCGCCUGAAACGCAGAGAGGAGAGGGAGAAAGAAGAAAGGGAGAAGCUAAGGAGGUCCAGAUCCCAUAGCAAGAAUCCCAGAAGAUCUAGGUCUCGAGAUCGCCGCAGACAUCGGUCUCGCUCUGCCUCCCGGGAACGAAAGAGAAGAACUCGCUCCAAAUCCCGUGAGAAACGCCACCGUCACAGGUCUCGCUCCAGCAGCCGCAGCAGGAGCCGCAGCCAUCAAAGAAGCAGGCAUAGUUCCAGGGACAGGAGCAGAGAACGCAAAAAAAGAUCCUCAAAAGAAAGAUCUUCCAGAGACAAAGAACGGUCAAGAGAUCAUGACAGAACAUCACGUGACAAAGACAGGAGCUCAAGAGAGAGGUCACCUCGAGAUAACAAAGACAGGAAACGUUCAUAUGAAAGUGCUAAUGGCCGAUCAGAAGACCGGAGGAGCUCAGAGGAGCGUGAAGCAGGGGAGAUAUAACUGCUGUACAGUCACCGGAUCCUCUAGCUUCCUAUGGAGUUGCAUACUAUGGUUUAGUUUACAGUUGUUCAGAGGGACACCAGUGGGCAGUUCCAGACACUGAUCCAACUAGGGUAGAUGUACAGUAUGUAGAAGUGGUUAUAACUAAGUCUAAAUUGAACCCCUUCAAUUGAUGAUGCCUAAAGCUGUGUCCUUGACUUUGACCAAGCUGUAAAACUUCUCUGAACGAUUUCUCUUUAUCCAGGAUGACAGUUUUAUGUACCAAGGUGCAGAUCUCACUGUUUUACUCUCCUUUCCAAAACAAGUUAAAUAGUGACAAAUUAUAUUGCAGUACUUGCCUUGGGUGCUCUCAAACCUUUAUAAAAUUCUCUAAUUCUGGUCUAGUCCAAACAGCAGCAUUGAAGGCUUUUUUAAGAGGGCGGGUGGGUAGUAAACUUUUAUUCUAAGGUUGUUUCCCAAUGAUUGUAUGGGAACCUAGGAGUUGUUUACAGUCAGAGCAUUUAGACUGGAAUAUGUGCCAGAGAAAGCUGAAAUGUCGUUUUUUACAGUGCCUAUUUAGACUGGGGAAUUGAACAGCUGUUGCGUUACAUCUUCUUUUUUUUUAUUUUUAUUGAAAUUUUGAAAUCAAAGCCAGUCCCAUCUCUGUACCAUUUGGUAUGUGUUCAGUAUAUUGGGUUUUUUUCCAUAAGGACUUUUUCUGCUUUUUCUUGUGGGAUGUAGGCUGUACAUCCUUAAUUGUAAAAAUUAAUAAAUAAAAUAAAAAAAAUUAAAGUAAA